AUGGCGUUGAGUACAAUGACCAGCCAACCGGUACAGAAAAAAGUCCAAUCGUUACGAAGAUCCGGAUGGCCUAGGUACCCCGCUCCAGUCAAAUCGUCUACGUGCCCAUCGCUCAACAGCAAUAUAAAUUUGUACCCUCUAUCAAAUUAUAAAUUUGGUAAAAAAGAACAUUUAUUUGAAAAAGAUCCAUCUGUGUCAGCUAGAUUUCAACGAAUGCGUGAAGAAUUUAAAGAAAUUGUUAGGCCAGGUGGACAACUAAAUCCAGCAGAAGAUGAGGUCGAAGGACUUAAACGAUUACUAACUGAAACUUUAGGCACACAAAAUGGUGUUCAGACAGAUUGGACUGUUGAGGAUACCAUUGGCAAUUGGUGGCGACCUAACUUUGAAUUCACAACUUAUCCGUAUAUACCAGCACACAUAACUAAGCCCAAGGAGCAUAAAAGACUUUUCUUAGUUCAGCUACCUGAUAAAGGUAAGAUAAAUUAAU